CGUUUCGUUGGUAACGUGGCGCUUCGGUAUCGGCUGCGGCAAGAACAGCCCACUCGUCAUUUGGCCGGCAGUUGAGGAAUAUCCCUCGCGUCCAAGCCAAUUAAAAAUAACGCUGUGAUUUAUUUAAUUAGCUAACAUUUUUAGAAGAAAAUUCAAACUUCUUCUCAUCAUGGGGACCUUUGCGACUGUCCUAGGCCUGUUUUUGUUUAUCGUCGUGGCCCGGUCCGACGAUGCUCCCAAAGGUCCCAAAGUGACACACAAGGUCACCUUUACCAUGAAGAUAGGCGAUGAACCAGUUGGAGACAUCGUGAUUGGUCUGUUCGGAAAAACUGUUCCGAAGACAGUGGAGAACUUCUACCAGCUGGCGCAGAAGCCUAAGGGUGAAGGCUACAAGGGCAGCAAGUUCCACCGUGUGAUCAGCAACUUCAUGAUCCAGGGUGGAGACUUCACUAAAGGAGACGGCACUGGCGGCCGCAGCAUCUACGGCGAGCGCUUCGAAGAUGAGAACUUCAAGCUGCGCCACUACGGCGCCGGCUGGCUGUCCAUGGCCAACGCGGGCAAGGACACCAACGGGUCGCAGUUCUUCAUCACCACCGCCAAGACCACCUGGCUCGACGGGCGACACGUGGUCUUCGGGAAGGUCUUGGAGGGCAUGGAUAUCGUGCGUAAGAUCGAGCAGACACCGACCGGAGCGAGCGACCGCCCCGUCAAGGACGUGGUGAUUGUCGAAAGCCGCGCAGAAGUCGUCGCAGAGCCCUUCGCCGUCUCCAAAGAAAGUGCUAAAUAACACUAGCUCUCAAUGCAUUUACUUUGUAAGAUUAAUUUAAAACUAGGGCCAUAUUUACAUUUAUGAACUAAUUCGCCGUUUCUGCCCGAAAGUUAGCAUGAUUGGCGAAACAAAUGCUCAACUUUAUAAUUAGAGGGCGGAGUACCGGUGGCAAAUUUCACACUAAAUGUAUGGAGUCGCCUAAGUAUUCUUAUGAUUAAAUAAAUAACGAAUAAAUGAUUAAUUUUGCAUAAUAAUUUUCAGGAACUUAUAGAAAUUAUCUUACGAGCAUACAAAUAUAAUGUAAUAAUAUAUGUUGUUAAUAUCUAUAAUACAUAAUAAUAUGUUUUCUUAUCAGAACAUUAUCAUUAGGUACUAAAUACUAGACUAAGAAGUUAUACCUGCCAAACGAUAUAUUAUUUUCAAGACCAUUCAAUCACAAUUGAGGACUGGAAUUAUGUGUUUGAGGUCCUCCUCACAAUCUACACUUAAGUGCGUAUCCAUGUUAUAUAAUGACUGGACUAUGGCCACAUGUUCCUGGUUUUUCGGAGUGAAUCGGUUUCUUAAUUUAUUGAAGAUCCAUUUAUGAGUGGAAAACGAUCGCUCUACAUCUACCGAUGUCAUGGUUGCAUGUUUAAGGACUUGUUUAUAAUUUUCCAUUGUAAUCAUAUUCCUUAAUUCGUCAGCAUCUGGGUUUCUAUCUAGAACCAAUUCGAGUUUAUUUCGCACGGUUUCACUUCCUUGGAGGCUUAAAAUAGUCCUAACUAUAUCUAUUACCAGAAAACUUUCUUCUAUCGGAAUUUUAGUGCAUAGUGUUAAGUACUUACUUCCAAUUUACGAGUAGGUGCCAUUAUACCAUACUAAGUACAUUAGGUAAAUGAAUAAUUUUAUUAUUCAAGCCUAAAAUAAUAAUUAUAAAAACGACUCCAUACCUUUUGUGUGAAAUUUGCCACCGGUACUCCGCCCUCUAUUUAUAAUAUGUGUCACAAUUUUUUUUUUCUUUGUGAUUAUGAAUUAUGACCCAUUAAGUUCACUUUUGUGACACACACAAAUGAGAUUGAUAAACAAAUGAAUAAAAUUUCUCUUUAUAA